GAACUUGAAAUUUUCCCGGAAAAAGCUGGGCCUUUUCACGUAAUCGUCAAGCAAACCGAAAAUUUUCGGAGGGCUCCGCAAAUUCAUUGGUGCUGCACAAGAUCAAACCAAAAAUUAUUUAUCCUCUCUCCAUUUUCCUCUUUCUGCUCUUGAUGGGGAAUUCUUUCCCAUCACGAGCGACGGCGAAUUUCAAAACCCUAAUCAAUUUCCACUAAGCCCUGAUCGCUCCCACAAUUUUGUCGUUCCAACACUUUUUUUUCUUUUUUUUUUUAACCGGCGACGCCACCAUGUUUCCGUGGAACAUCGCGAAGACGGCGGAAGCCAUGUUCUCGAAAUUCGCUGUUAAGAGAUUGUGCAAGUUUUUAUUGAAAAAGAAAUUGGGGCAGUUCCUAUUGGGGGAUAUUGAUCUCGACCAGCUAGACGUGCAGCUUGCUGAAGGCACAAUUCAGCUCGGAGACCUUGCACUUAACGUUGAUUUUCUCAAUGAGAAGGUUGGUACAGCAGCUUCGGUUAUUUUUAAAGAAGGAUCUAUUGGGUCCUUAUUAAUUAGAAUGCCAUGGACAAGUAGAGGCUGUGAGGUUGAAAUCAAUGAGUUGGAGCUUGUGCUUUCACCUUGCUUGAAGAAUGAUCAUAUGGAUUGUUGUGGAACUUCUAGUGGUGGUCAUAGAAAUCAUCAUGAAUCGAGAAAGCCAGAGCAUGAUGUGGUUAAAAAUGCUGUAAAAUCUACCUAUGGGGAUAUCCAUGAAGGUGUUAAGACAGUUGCGAAGAUGGUGAAAGGGCUGCUUGCUAGCUUUCACUUGAAGAUAACAAACUUGAUAGUGGCAUUUGAUUCUUUCUAUGAAGAAAACAAAAACAGAACAGGACCGGAUACCACACUUGUUCUCCGGAUUUCAGAUAUAGAAUGUGGCACUUGUGUUACAGAGGAUGGUAAAUUGGGUGUGGAUGCAGUUGAAAGCUUUCUUGGAAUAAGUCAGCUGAAUAAUUUCGUGAAGUUUCAAGGGGCAAUGCUCGAGUUUCUUCACAUGGAUGAUUGUGACAACCCAAAAUCCUUUUCAUGUAUGUCUGGGACAACAUCUGCCCAAAUGGUGUUAGACCCUGUUCCAUCAAAUGUUAGCACUCCAGUUCUGACUGGAGAAAUAGGUGGAUUUUCAGGUAACCUGAAAUUAUGUAUACCUUUGAGGGAUGGUUCCUUAGACAUUCACAGAGUGGAUGGGGAUCUUUUUGUUGAUCCUGUACAAGUAAAACUUCAACCUAGCACUAUCAAAUGCCUUUUACUUUUAUCUGAAGCUUAUUGGAAUUCAAACAAGAAUGGUGAUGGAUGUAUACAUGAUAAAUUGAACGAAUCUGGUUACUUUGAGCGGGCACCUCACUGCCAUUCAUCAUUGCUAGCUUCUGCUGAAACGACUCCCGAUGAAAUGUUUCCUCGUUGUGGUGGGAUUCUGCCUGGCUCUCACCUUAUAUCAAAUUGGGUGUCAUCCUCUGUCAAACAUAAAGAGAAAGAAAAAGUUGGAGAAGAAUUUGAUUUUGGAGCUAGUGUGGACCAGUUUUUUGAAUGCUUAAAUGAAAUAAGAAGUUCCCACUAUGCUUUAGGCAGCAGUGGGAUGUGGAACUCGGUUUUUAGUGCAAUCACUGCUGCGUCCAGCCUUGCUUCUGGAUCUUUGCAUGUUCCUUGUGAUACAGAAUUGCAGCAUGUUGAAACAAAUCUUAGGGCAACUAUCUCUGGAGUUUCUAUCGUUCUCUCCUUCCUUGAUGACAAUCAAUAUCAUUUCACCGAUCCCAAGAAAGUACAGAUCAACGCAGACUCGGCGGUUCAUUUUGUGGCUGCUAAAUUCAGUGAUGUCCAUCUUCUUAUGCAGGUAUCUACUCAGAAAACGAUGUUUCAUGGAACUGUCAAGCAUAUCGAGGUUGCUGAUUAUUUGAACUUCAAAAAUGAUGCCUCCAACACUGACUUCCACAAUAGUGGCAGUGACUUUCAGACACUUCUGACGAAGCGUUUGCAAGUGGAUGUUGUAGGUGCUCUACCUCCAUUUGGUUUUUCAGUGGAAAAUCCUGAUCUCAUGGAAUCAAAUAGUUCAUUUUCUGUGGAUUUUCCAUGUGGAAACAAAGACAACGUUACAAAAGUUACGUUGCUGGAAACUUACGGCAUUACUUCUUCGCAAUUGGAUGUGAUACCUAGUUCUUCUGACAAUAGUACCACAAUGUCAAAAUCAUUUUCAUUGAAUCUACCACCCCUCGUUUUUUGGGUGAACUAUCCUUUGGUGAACAUGUUAUUAGAUUUACUAAAGGGUGUUGAAAACUGUAUGCCUGGCGAUAACCAAUGCAAGGUCUUUAACGAGAACUAUAUAGUGGGUCAUGAGGAUGUCAAAAGUGGCUCUAAUCAAGUGACAACUUUGUUUUCAUCAGCAAGCAUGGAAGGCAAUAUAAUAAUCAGCAAUGCAAGGGUAAUAUUCUGUUUCUCAUUUGAAAGUGACAAGGACUUUAUGGGCUACUCAACCUGGGAUCAAUUUAUUGCUCUAGAUUUUUACUCCUCUUCAAUCGUGAAAGAGGAAACAAUGACUCACAGUGGUAACUUGGCUCUGCAGAAAAAUUAUUUGUCAGAAAAAAAUGCUUUGCAUUUUAGAUUUGGUAGUCUUGAGGUUUUCUUGGUUACUUUUGAUGAAGGGAUAACUCAAAGUAGCACAUGCAACAUGCAGAAGAAGAAAUUUUCGGCUCAUAACAUUUUGUCUGCCUUCAACAGAACAAACUCUUCUUCUUUAACUUUGUUUUGGCAGGAGGGUCAUGUCACAGGCCCAUGGAUUGCAAAGAAGGCCAAGUCCUUGGCUAGUUUAGAGGAAUCAAAAAGCAGGUGUAAGUUCAUUGGAAAAGAUUAUGAGUUUGCUUCUGUUUCUAGCAUGAAAGAUAUGGAGGAGUCAAACUUGCAGACUCGACAAGAAAUGAUUUUGAGCUCCACGUCUGUGUUGCAUGUCUUUUUUUCUCUUGUCAGAAUCAAUGUCAAUACUGUUCAAUAUAAAGUCUUCCAUUGUCUUUUAGAUCAGCUGAUAAAAGGACUGUCGAGCAAUACUUGUGAUGCAGUCAAUGUUAAGAAAGGAUUGUUAACAUCUCAAACUUCUAUUGUAGUUGAUUGUAAUUGUCUAGAAAUUGCCAUUAGGCCAGAUUCAAAAGAGAGUACAAAGUGCUCUUUGCAGAGGGAACUUCCUGGAUCAUGGUAUCAUCUAAGACUGGAAAUUCAAAACUUCGAAUUAAUCUCGGUCUCCAACCUUGGUGGUAUCAAGGGUGCCAAUUUCUUUUGGCUAGCCCAUGGAGAAGGAAAAUUGCUGGGUUUCAUCUCUGAAGAUCCUAAUCAGGAGUUUCUUUUGAUCUCAUGUAGCAAUUCUAACAUGAAGCGUGGGGAUGGGGAAGGUUCAAAUGCUUUAUCUUCAAGGUUAGCUGGUUGUGAUAUUGUACAUAUGUGGGAUCCUGAGAGUUGCCAGGGUUUUUCUUCAAUAACUAUAAGGUGUGCAACAAUUCUGGCCAUAGGUGGUCGCUUGGAUUGGUUGGAUGUCAUCUGCUCCUUUUUCUUUUUGUCUCCUCCAGUUGAACCAGAAGGCGACAAGGUUAUGCCCAGACAGAACCCAAAAAAGUCUUCUGGAUCUUAUUUUUCUCUUAACUUUAUUGAUGUUGGGUUGAGCUAUCAGCCGUACUUAAAGAACUUGCUGGUUAACAGUGAACCUCCUCAAACGGAAUCCAGUUUUUCAACUAUCAAACAAGAGUUGGAUGAGGGUUAUGUUGCUUGCCUGUUGGCUGCAUCUUCAGUGACACUUUCAAGUUCUAGUGUCGCAGAUGUAGUUGAAGAUAAUUACAGAAUCACAAUACAAGAUGUCGGACUUCUUCUAUGUAGUGUAUCUGAUUAUGAGCAUGUUCUUAAUGCUUACAAUGUUGAAGACCUCCGCAAGGCAGGCUAUGUUAAGGUUGCCCGGGAUACAUUUAUUGAAGCAAUAUUGAGAACUAAUUGCAACGAUGGCCUUAAGUGGGAGUUAGAAUGUCCCAAAGCCCACAUUGUCGUGGAAACGUGCCAUGACACUACUACUGGUCUGGUACGUUUGGCUGCUCAACUUCAGCAGUUAUUUGCCCCUGAUCUGGAGGAAUCAAUUGUUCAUUUGCAGACGAGAUGGAAUAAUGUUCAACAGGCUCAAGAGAGAAAAGAGAUUGACAAUGAAUCAUCUUCUCCUCCUUGUCACAAUCCACCAGUUAAAAAAAGUGAAGUCGGGUUGAUGGAUGAAAUAUGUGAGGAUGCGUUCCUAUUAGAUAAAGAUAACCAAACCAGAGAAUGGUAUUUUAGCAAGUCAAAUCAUAGUUUACCCAAUGAAGGUCUUCAUGCUGAGGUAUGCAGUUUGAAUUGUGAAGUUCAUGAAACUUCUUCUCCUGCUUAUCCCUUCAUUGGCUCAGAGCCUGAUGGUCAAACAUCUUUCAUGCAAUACUGUCAGUUUCCUGAAAUAAUAGAAGGGUAUUGCUUGUCUGAGCUUCGCCCUUUAUCAGACCUAACAAUAGGCCGACAGUUACCUUCUGAUAUUUGUAAUUCCAGGAAUUCUGGUGGUAUAGAUCUUGGAGGACGAAGAAGUGGAUGGUAUGGGGGUGUGCCUAUACAAAUUCUUGAAAACCACAUUUCAGAUGCAAGUAAAAUCGAAGAUUCCGUAAGAGAUGAUCUUUGUUCUAUUGAGAGCAAAAGAUUUGAUGAGGUUGAAGAGGCAAGUGGACGUGUACUUCUUAGUAAUAUUGAUGUAAGAUGGAGAAUGUAUGCUGGUUCUGAUUGGCAAGUUUCUAGAGAGAAUGGCGAUCGACGGAUGAGUAUGUUUAAAAGAGAUCAACAUACAUGUCUAGAGCUUGCAUGUUCUGCCAUGCAAGUUCAAUAUGAUAUUUUUCCAGUUGGUGAAAUGUGUGUAUCUAGACUUUCACUUUCAGUUCAAGAUUUUCAUCUUCAUGACAGGAGUGUAGAUGCACCUUGGAAGCUGGUACUUGGAUAUUACAAUUCGAAGAAUCAUCCUCGUAAGUCUUCCUCAAAAGCAUUGAAGCUCGACUUAGAAGCUAUUAGACCAGAUCCUUCGAUCCCUCUUGAGGAAUACCGGUUGCGUAUCGGUUUUCUGCCCAUGCUAUUACAUCUUCAUCAAUGCCAAUUAGAUUUUCUUGUUAACUUUUUUGGGGAAAAAAGUUCAUCGGGAGACCAGUCAUCAUGUCAUCCACUUGAUUCUGAUGGUUCGAAAACUAUUUCUACGACCAAAAGUCCUGCUGGGCUUACUUUUGCAGAGGAGGCGUUGCUUCCUUAUUUUCAGAAGUUUGACAUACAACCAAUUGUAGUUCGUGUUGAUUACAGUCCUAGCCGUGUUGAUUUGGCAGCAUUAAGAGGUGGGAAGUAUGUGGAACUUGUGAAUCUGGUUCCUUGGAAGGGGGUUGAGCUACACCUUAAACAUGUUCAGGCUGUUGGAGUCUAUGGUUGGGGCUGUGUCGGUGAAACAGUUAUAGGGGAAUGGUUGGAAGAUAUUUCUCAUAAUCAGAUUCGUAAAAUACUGGAGGGCCUUCCUACCGUCCGUUCAUUAGUUGCUGUCGGCUCUGGUGCUUCAAAGCUGGUCUCUUUUCCAGUUGAGAGCUACAAAAAGGAUAGGCGACUACUCAAAGGGAUGCAAAGAGGUACUAUUGCAUUUCUCAGAAGUAUUUCCCUUGAAGCUGUUGGACUAGGGGUACACUUAGCUGCUGGGGCUCAUGACAUUUUGCUACAGGCAGAAUAUAUGCUCACUAGUAUUCCUCCUUCGGUGAAAGUACGGUAUAAAACAAAGGCUAAUAUAAGAUCCAAUCAGCCUAAGGAUGCUCAAGAAGGAUUGAAAAAGGCUUACGAAAGCAUUAGUGAUGGCCUCGGGAAGUCUGCCUCUGCCUUGGUUCGGACUCCCUUGAAAAAGUAUCAACGUGGAGGCAGUACAGUGUCUGCUUUUGCAACGGCUGUUCAAGCAAUUCCAGCUGCGGCUAUAGCUCCAGCUUCUGCAUGUGCAAGUGCCAUACAUUACACUUUUCUUGGCCUGAGAAAUAGGUCCCUUGAUCCUGAGCGCAAGAGAGAAUCCAUGGAGAAGUAUUUGGGUCCUACAGACUCGUGGGAACGGAAUUGAAUGACUACUGCAUAAGAUUUAUGCUUCAUCUCAAAUGGAAUCAUGAUUACUGCCUUAGCCAUUGCAUUGUGCCUCGCCUUAAAAAGGAUAGCAACGAGCUCUUUUCACAUUGAAGAUGGAGCCUGGUGUAAAUAUGUACAGUGAGAGUCUCGUAGGCAUUCUUUCCCGAAAGAUGGAGAAGACUCGGGUUUUGUACAUAAUGUAAAAUAUUCAACUGUGGCUGGAAAUUUUUCAUACUAGGAGAUGAGCCUCUGUAUAGUUAUUCUUCAUACCUAUAAUUAUUCUUUGAGUCUUGAGCAAGUGUAUCAUAAUUUUCUAAUUUGUGCAUAGUGGAGAUCAAACCUUCAACUUUGAAGAAGGUAUUAGUUUUCUGACUUUUCUCGGUCGAUCUUGAUAGAUGGAGUAAUUUCUACGUGAAAUUCAUAGGAUUAUUGAAAUUCAUGGGAUUAUAAAUCUCAUGUAGGUGGUUGGAUUGUAAUGACUACUAGACCAAUUUAUGGUAAUUUUUUUGUAUUUAUAUGUUUAAAUUCUCAACCCCUCA